AUGGCCGGCACGGUGGAGGACAGCGGGAAGACGGCGCCGUCCUCUCCGGCCUGGCUCCACGGCGCCGACCUGGGCCUGAGGGUGCUGCUGUUCGCCGUCUCGCUGUCGGGGCUCGUCGUGCUGGUCACCGCCAAGCAGACGGAGAUCGUGCCCUUGCAAAGACUCGCCAGCGCUCAUGUACGUGAGUCGAUCGUCGUGACAUACGUCUCUCCUCUCCUACGUUAUCUUCUCGUGGCGCUGUGCAUGACGAGCUUGUAUAGCCUUCUGACGGCCGCCAGCUCCGUCAAGUCCAUGUCAAGCUCGGCUUCCUGUGCCAAGGGGAUCUUCGUCCUCAUUCUGCUUGAUGUGGUUUACGCGGGCAUCAUGGCGUCGGCGACGGGCACGGCGGGGGCCGUGGCCUGGGUGGGGCUGAAGGGGAACUCGCACACGCGGUGGAACAAGAUCUGCAACAUCUACGACAAGUUCUGCCGCCACAUCGGCAGCGCCACCUGCCUCGGCCUCGUCGCCUCCAUCAUCCUCGUCCUCCUCGUCGUCCUCAACGCCUACUCCCUCUACCGGAGAAGCCGCUGA